AUGGCCGGGGGGCUUCUCCCGGGGCUGCUUUUCAUCUUGCACGCCGCGGCUCGCCUGGCUGCCGAACAAGAAGUUGAAAACCUCUCCGGGCUCUCCCCUAACCCCGAGAAGGACAUCUUCGUGGUGCGGGAAAAUCGGACGACGUGUCUCAUGGCCGAAUUCGCCGCCAAGUUCAUCGUCCCCUACGAUGUGUGGGCCAGCAAUUAUGUGGAUCUGAUCACGGAGCAAGCCGAUAUCCCGCUGCCGCGGGGCGCCGAGAUGAAGGGCAAGUGCGGCACGAACGAGUCGGAGCUGGAGCUCUCCUGGCUGGACCAAGCAUACACCCUCAAACUCUCCUUCCUGAAGGAAGGGCACAAUACGUCCAGGGGGACGGAGGCGUCCUGGAGGCUCAGCCGGAUCCAGUUCACCUACGACAGCUCCGAGCGCACCUACUUCAAGGAUGCUGUCAGCCCCGGGAAGUACACGGCCAGCUCGCAUCGGCUCUCGGCCCUGGUGACGCCCGCUGGACGCUCCUACGAGUGCCAGGCACAGCAGACCAUCUCCCUCAUCUCCAGCGACCAUCAGAAGUCUGUGCAGCUCCUGCUGUCCGAAGUGCGGCUCCAGCCCUUCGACAUCCCCGCGGAUUUCGUCUUCAGUGAAGAACACAAGUGCCCGGUGGACCAGAGGGAGCAGCUGGAAGAAACCUUGCCCCUGAUCCUGGGGUUGAUCCUGGGGCUGGUUAUCGUGAUCACCCUCGGCAUUUACCACAUCCACCACAAGCUGACAGCCAGCCAGGUGCAGAUCCCUCGGGACAGAUCUCAGUACAAGCACAUGGGAUAG